GGGGUCCGGGGGGGGCUUGCCCCCCCCGGCCACAUACCUCCCUGGCCAGGUGGCCAGUUUGUCAUGCAGGGGGCUAGAAAGGAUGCCGGAGCACGGCCGAGCCGGAGGAGGCAAGCGACCCAGCCGGAGCACGGCCCGAGCCUCACCUUGUGGACUCCUUGCAGGAUGCAGUGUUUCGAGUGCGCAGAGCAGCGGCGACGGCAUCCUCAUCCAGCGACGCAACAAGUACCCCCGACACCACCACAGCGACGCUGGACGGGAAACAGCGAGCAUGUUGUUGGCGAAAAUCCGAAAGGAAAAAUCGAAACAAACGACCGAAUAUCAAAUGCAAAAAUGUCUGGGUCUGGAAGAAUACAAGUUUGUCAUGCUUGGCCGGUAAUACAGAAAAGUCUGUGAUGCUUGUUGCGCUACAACGUCGCUUGUUUGUCAUGCAAAGAGGCCAUUUGUCAUGCGCUUAGCGCUAGACAUAGCCGCUCAGAAACUUGUCAUGCACAGCUUCGCAACACAGUUUGCGGAAACACAAACCUUAUUGGGUUUUCGCCGGAAAAAUGUAAGUGAUAUGAGGAGUAUGACAUCCUCAAAGAACACAAAUGUACAAGAACACGCUACGACGUUGAAUUUUCAUCCAGUACUUUCACAAACUGUUUUAAUUUUAUAAGUAUACAGGUAUCCGUCUCGCCUAAGGGUAAGGGAUAAAAAAGUGCAGCGCAACUCAAGAAAGAAACGUG